AACGUACCGUCGGUUAGUUGGAUGAAGGCGGUGCUAGCGGUGCCCAAGCAGCAGGGCCUCGCCUUUGUGGGUGUAGGAAGAGAAGAUGGCUCCCGUUCUGGAGAAACAGCUCCCCGGUGCAGCCGGACUGGGCGACAAUAACAAGGAAGACGAAGAAGGACAAACACUUUGGUCCUCAAUACUUAGUGAAGUUUCAACCAGGUCGAGUUCAAAGUUGCCAUCAGGAAAAAAUAUCCUGGUAUUUGGUGAGGAUGGGUCAGGAAAAACAACGCUUAUGGCCAAAUUGCAAGGAGCUGAACACAACAAGAAGGGGAGAGGACUGGAGUAUCUUUACUUGAACGUCCAUGAUGAAGACCGAGACGACUUGACUCGCUGUAAUGUGUGGAUCUUGGAUGGAGACCUGUACCACAAAGGCCUACUAAAGUUUGCUGUCACACCUCAGUCGCUACCUGACUGCCUGGCUGUGCUCGUUGCGGACAUGUCGCGGCCCUGGACCAUUAUGGAGUCGAUGCAGAAGUGGGCCAGUGUGCUCCGUGACCAUGUGGACAAGCUAAAGGUUCCUCCAGAGGACAUGAGAGAGCUGGAGCAGAGGAUGGUAAAAGCCUUUCAAGAGUACGCAGAACCAGAGGAUGCCACCCCAGCCUCCCCCCGACGGGCUCCGACAUCAGGGGAAGACGAAGCCGUUGUGUUACCACUUGGGGACAACACACUCACACACAACUUGGGCAUUCCAGUGCUAAUAGUUUGCACAAAGUGUGACGCGAUCAGCGUGUUAGAGAAGGAGCACGACUUCCGAGACGAGCACUUUGAUUUCAUCCAGUCCUGCAUCAGACGAUUCAGCUUACAGUAUGGCGCUGGGCUCAUCUACACUUCAGUCAAAGAGGAGAAGAACCUGGAUCUGCUUUACAAAUACAUAGUGCACAAGCUGUAUGACUUUCAGUUCGUCACGCCCGCCUUGGUGGUGGAGAAAGAUGCAGUAUUCAUUCCGUCUGGAUGGGAUAAUGAGAAGAAAAUUGGGAUCUUGCAUGAAAACCUCACGACGGUCAGACCCGACAAUCCGUUUGAAGAUUUCAUCACAAAGCCUCCAGUACGAAAGUUGGUUCAUGACAAAGAGAUAAAUGCAGAGGACGAGCAGGUAUUCCUGAUGAAGCAGCAGUCUUUGCUAGCAAAGCAGCCAGCAACACCAACCAGAGGAGCAACCGAAUCUCCUGGAAGGACGAUGUCAUCGUCCCCCAGGCCGGCGGGUCGUGCUGGCCAGCCAAGUGUAACCAGCUCACCAAUGGCCUCUGUCAAAAAGCCUGACCCUAACAUGAAAGCAGGGGCUGCUAAUGAGGGAGUGCUGGCCAACUUCUUCAACAGUCUGUUGAGUAAAAAGACUGGAUCUCCAGGAAGCCCGGGAUCUGGAGCAGUCGGAGCUGGAGUGCAAGGAUCUGCCAAGAAAACAGGGCAGAAGCCGGGUUUGACUGACGUCCAGGCCGAGUUGGACCGGAUGACUCGCAAGCAAGACUCCGUGGUUUCAGCUAACAACGUAUCGCCAACAGAGAACGAAGCGUGAAGGCAACAAAACGGCUGCGUCGUCCACUGCGUUAAUACUCUGGAAAAAAAAAAAAAAAAAAAAAAACAUACAUCUACAUGUGAGCAUAAACAGAAAAGAAAAGAAAAAAAAAAAUUUGACCAAAUUCCCAACGCCUGUAUCAGUCUGCACACACUGUCGGUUUCACCAAAUGAGCUUCCGAUGCGAUCAGAUGGUGAGAUGGGAUGAGCGAUAAACACAGACGGAUCUCUUAGUGAGAUGAGGAAGUGCCGGAAGGCUUGGCUUUAUUUUUCUGUCUUCUCUUCAACUGUAAAUGCUAUUUUGUGAGGGAUGUCAGUUUUUGGAAACGUGUGCAGCUCUUCCCUCCCCCCCCCCGGCAGCCGGUCCGAGGCGCUGGUGCUGCAGGCCUCCUCCGUCUCUGGGAUAAAACACUGUCCUCACGGACUCCGAAGAGUGAAAACACACUCGGCCUCGUGGCCCCUGGUUCAGCUUAUCUCGCGGAAGAAUCUUUGGUUGCGAUUGGAAAGAUAUUUAAACAUGAAAUGUUAGGAAAAGUAAUUGAAAUACUUGCAAACAUAUGUAAAAAAAAAA